AAUUUGGUGACCAGACAAAAUCAUUUGUAUACGUUACAUCAAAAUAUUAAAACGUUGACUAUAUCACCUCACUUAUAUGUUCCUAUUAUUGGUAUUACAGAAACGAAAAAAACGAAAAAACAAUCCAAGAAUACAACUACCAGCUUCGCAGAAACUAUGAACAAGUUAUUAACAGCUACUGCAGAGCCUCAUUGCCAAGAAUCACCAAUUUUAUCACGAUCAAAAGAUAUAGAGCGUCGAAUAAAUGAGGCUAAACUUGAAUAUAGAGCACGUAGAGCUAUAAAUAUGGAAAAGAAGAAGCUCGCAUCCAAAGAUCGUGUAAAAACUAAUCUCACUUCUAUUGAUUAUGAGAGGAAAUUGAGAAAGCUAGCCACUAGAGGAGUUGUACAACUGUUUAACGCGAUCCGUAAAUCUCAAAAGGUUACGGAUGACGCAGUAAAAGCCGCUGGUGGCGAGAUAAAAUUAACUACGAGAGAUGCAAAAGAUGUUGCGAAUAUGUCUAAGGAAACUUUUCUGGAUUUUUUAAAGGGUGGAGAUUAA